AGGUUGAUUGACUAUAGUCUUAUUUAAAUAUAGCACCCCUAUGAAUCUUGAUCUGCUGCAUAUCUUCAUCAUGUCGAGUGAUACCCUUGACAAAAUCUACGAUGUUUUUCUCAGCUUUAACGAUGACGCCAAGCGCAGCUUCACGGGUAAUCUCUAUAAUGCUUUGCGCCAUAAGAAAAUCAAGACCUACUUCCUAGAUAAAAACGAUGAUAGUGAUGAGGACUACGACCAGCUUUCACCCUCUGAUCUCAAAGCAAUUCAAGGAUCUAAGAUUUCAAUUGUUGUUCUGUCUCAAUACUAUGCAUCCUCAUCAAGGUGUACCGAUGAACUUGGGAUCAUCCUUGAAUGUAUGAGGAUGAAGAACCAACUAGUUUGGCCAAUCUUGUACAAAGCAGAUAUCUCGAAUGUAAGGCCUGAAGAAGACGGGGCCGAUCAAGUCAGGACUUACUUUAACAUGAAACCAAAAUUCAGUUCUGAUUCUGAUGAGAGGGUGCAGCGACGGAAGCAGGCUUUGUGGGAAGUCAGCAACUUGAACAGAAGGCUUUACCGCGGAACUGAUGAUGAGUGUGAAUAUGAUUUCAUCCAAAACAUUGUGGAAUCAGUCGUCAAAUCACUGCCCCACUAUGAUAUUUUUAUCAGUUUCACCGGGGAAGAUACCCGUCACUCUUUUACAGGAGUUCUUUAUCAUGCUUUGCACCGAGAGGGAUUUAAAAUAUUCAUGGAUGAUGAGGAAUUGGAGGGUGGGAAUCAAAUUUCAAAAACUCUUCUCGAGUCAAUUGAAAAAUCAAGGCUUUCGAUUGUUGUUUUCUCUGAAAACUAUGCAUAUUCUUCAUGGUGUCUCGAUGAACUUGACAAAAUCAUUGAAUGCAUGAAAACUAACAAUCAAUUAGUUCUGCCGAUAUUUUACAAAGUAGAGCCGUUAGAUGUAAGCAAUCAAACAAAUAGCUAUGGGCAUGCCAUGAUUGCGCAUGAAAAUAGGUUUGGAAAGGAAUCUGAGAAAGUGCAAAAAUGGAGGUCAACUUUGUCCGAAAUUGGCUUCUUGGAAGGAGAGCAUGUCAAAGAAAAUGAGUAAGUAUGAAUUUGAAUUCAUCAAAAAAAUUGUACAAAAGGCCAUUGACAUUGAACAAAACAUGUGAUACCAGGCACCCAUCUCGAAUGUCAACUAGAAGGAAGACUUGACUCCAUCUUUCAAUAAAAGUGUCUUCCAAGCCUUAAAUGAUGAAGCCUACAAGUGAUGGUAUUAUUACAAGCGAUUACCUGCUUCGAAAUUCUUAGCAAUUGUAAUGAUUUGAUCUUUUAUGCGACGGUUCUUAAUCGGCCUUCAUCACAAGAGAGUAUAGAAAACUGUCGCAAAAGCUCCUUAUAACUUGAUUGUUGAUGAAUUUAAAUUGAUAGUGCAUCUUUUCUUACUUUGGCCACGAAAAUCUUCAAGAAGCAAUUCCAUCUAAGAUGUCCAAAGGGAAAAAUUGUUCGUUCUUUAA